CCGGACGGCUCUGCCACUCAGUGCCCUGUGGCUGAGUGGGCAAGGGAAGGCGUGGGCCAGCCCGUGUCACCCCACUCUCAGCUCCAGCUCGUCGUGGACCUGCAACCCGUGGCCCCGGCACCCACCCUGGCACAUCUCAGCCAGGAAGACCAGCACACACCACCACCCUGCCAUGGGCCCCAGAGUGGGUGCCCUGGCAACCCCAGGCCUCGCACUGCUCCUGUCCCUCACCGCCCACUGUGCUCCUCCCCAGCCUGAGGAACUCUCCCAGGGAGCGCUGAAGGCUGCUGGGGCCGACCUAUGGGCCAGUGCCGAUGCCUCCCUUCUGCAAGGCUUCUGGUGCCAGCCAGCCAGCCAGCUGCCCCGGGUCCAGCUCUCGGCUCUGAUCAGGAGGAUGGCCUCACAGCAGGUCCUCCUCAAAGCCUGGCAGCUCAGCUGCCUGGCCAACCUCGCCAUGCGGCACGGCCUCCAGGAUGACUUUGAGCUCCAGCCACCAGACCUACUGCUCUUUUACAACCUGAGCCAGGUGAGGGAAGCUGACUGCCGCACCUUCACCCGCCGUGCUGCCCAGGGCCACAUGGAGCUGCUGGCCAACCUGCCCGACCAGAGGGUUGCCCUGCAGCACACAGCCAUGGCCUGCUUGGGGGGGCCCCGCCCAUGGCUCAGUGCCUCUGACCUGCUGGUCCUUGGGGUCCUGGUGUGUGACAUGGACGCACCCAGCAUCAUCACUGCAGACCCUCAAGUGCUGCAGAACCUGCGACUCUGCCCCCAGCUGACCGCCGCCCAGAGGGCCGCCCUCAACAUCCUGCUGGCCAGUGGGAGGACCCAGCUUGGGCCCCCUGGCUCCUGGAACCUGGAGGGGCUGCAGGCCCUGGGACCUCUGGCUACCUACAUCAGCCCCCGCCUGUGGGUGCAGGUGCAGGAGGCUGUGGGCCUGGACUUCUUCCGCAGCAUGGUCGCUAUGUGCCGAGUGGGGCAUCUCAGUCAGCGUGAUGCCAGGCGCUUCGUCACCAGCUUCCUGGAGGCCAAAGCCAGCACAGUGUCCUUGAGGCCCAGGCGGGGCACAGGGAGAUCCUGUGUCCGCGGCAACAUCACAGCAGCGACGCUUCAGGACGACCUCUUCCUGGUGCGCUACGACUGCCCCCAGCUCGAGUCCUGCCUGGGCAGCCGCGUGCUCAGGGCCAACCUGGACCCCCUGCUGCAGCACCCGCUGCCCAUCGAGUGCCAGCGUGUGGUCAAGGCCAAGCUCAUGCAGAUCUACCCACAUGGCGUCCCUGAGGACAAGCUGCGAAUCAUCACCUCACUGGUCUACCUCUACUCCCUCAAUGAGAUAGGCCAGUGGAACAUCACAUCCAGAGACACAGUCGUGGCCUUGCUGGCCUCAGAUGUGGCCCUGGAGAACCAGACAGAGGCCGUCCUGCAGAAGUUCCUGGACCACAAUGGCAAGGUCACUGGCACCCUGCUAGUGGCCAUCGGGGGCUCCCGUCUCUGCUGGAUGAGUCCCCAGCAGAUCCAGAUCAUCCAGCCUUCAGAAUUCCGGCUGGCUGGAGCCCUGGACAUCUCCUCCUGCCCUCAGAGCCGGAAAGACGUGCUGUAUGCCAAGGCCCGUGAGGCCUUUGGCAGCACCAGGACUACGGCUGCAUACUACCGCUUCAUGCGCCCCUACCUCGGUGGCGCCCCUGUGGAGGAGCUGCGGCACCUGGCCCAGGCCAACGUCUCCAUGGACAUCGACACCUUCACCAACCUGAACCCCCAUGUGCUGCAGAGCCUCAGUGUCGACAGUGUGACCACGCUGCUGGGCCAGAACGUGGGGGACCUGCAGAAGGCUCGCAGCCACCCGGCCAUCAGCUCCUGGCUCCGCAGCCUCAACAUCUCCACCCUGGGCGAGCUGGGCCUGGACACCAGCAUGGAUCCCGCCAGCCCCACUGACCCAGGCCAUGCAACCAGUGGGUCCCCCAGCACCAGACCCCUUGCACCCCGUCCAGUCCACACAUCAGGCCUGCCUGGGAAUGACGCCGAGGUCCCCACCUCAGGCAGCCCUCCAGCCCUCCUGGGCUACCUGCCACUUGCUGCAGUCCUGCCCUCUGGCCUCCUGUGGCUACUUCGUAGGGACGCCUCAGGGCCCAACCGGGGCUGCCCACAGGGCGUCUGCACCCCAGCCCACAGCACUGCCCCACAGAGCACAGAGACCCCUCUCAGCCAGCGCCCAGCCCCUGUAGGCCUCCCACACCCCUCAGCUGGGGGCUCGGAAACAGAGCUCCCACCCGCUGCCUUCUGGGGCCACCUGAGUGGGGCAUGGCCUCAGGUGCAAUGGCAAUAG